AAGAAAUUGACCUUGAUACUUCCUAUUUUGGGUUCAGGUUCACGGGUUGGCUCUGCAUUAAAUGACGAAGGGGAACGCUGAGUACAUGAGAAAAAUUUUUGAAGGUCUGGAGGAAGUGGAUUUCACUCCUGAUGAUCAUAUAUCAUGGAAUAGCUGCCUGCGAAUUCGAGCAGUCAUCAACGUAAACAAACCCCUUUAUGAAGGCUUUGCAAAUAAAAGACCUCAUGGGUCUUUGGAGAGAUUCAAAUUCAGGCCAGGUAAGAGGCAAGAGUUCGGCCGAUGGAGGAGGGCAGAAAUUUUCCCACUGAAGAAUCAAUUUAGUGGUGAAGAAUCAUGGGGGGAGAAAAACAACACUACCAAUCUUCUCAGAUACCCUACUCCUUUGAGGAAGGAGCAUGGGAUACCAUUCAUUUUCUUUUAUUUCCAUUAGUUAAUGUUAGAAGAAUCUUAAGUUUAC